AACCUCCCUCUCUCCCUCCCUCUCUCUCUCUCUCUCUCUCUCUCUCUCUCUGUGGAAAACUGUGUGUACAGGUGGGUGUUUGUGCGUGUGUUAAGAGAGAGAGAGAGAGAGUUGAAUCGAUCAUAAUGGCGGAAGGAGGAGACGUUAGGUUUCAAGAAGGAAUGUCUUGGCUUCCCCCUCACGUUCAUCUCCACGCGGCAUGCCAUCCAAAGGGACGACAAUACAAUUGGAUGGGAAACCUGCAGCUGCAUCGGCACCAACACCAUCGUCAUCAUCGUUUGAAAUUCCCUGCAGAAUCCCCCCAUCCUCUGAUGCACAUGCAGGCGUGCUCAAAAUCAAGCAUGAUGAAGAGUAGUAGUAGUAGUAGUAGGACGCAUCAGAGAGCAGCAGCAGCAAGUUUAGGCGGAGCAGGGAAUGGGAUGCAAGCCAUUUUCUUAGACUCUGGCCCUAGACGACCAUGUGGAACUGGAGUUUUCCUUCCUCGCAGGGCUGGUCUUGAUUCCGAUUCCCAGCCUGCCCUUAAUAAACCUGCUUGUUCCCCCGUACUUCUCCCUUCUCGAGUUGUUCGAGCUCUCAAUCUUAAUGUCCAUGAAUUGCGCACACAUAUUCCCCUUGAUCAAGAUAUAAAAAACAAUCCAAACAGUGAAACUCUGAAUUUAAUUAGCAAGAAACCUCACAGGGUCAACGCAUCAGCCCAGCCUUGUGCUAUUUCACCAGAUCCAAGUUCUUCACUUGAGAUAUUGCUUCCAAAUGAAUGGACGUACUAGCCAAGCUCUCCAAUGGAUGAAUUAAAUUUCUAUUUAUGCCAUUGAUCUUGAAAACUAAAUAAAAAAAUAAGCCUAAUUAAUUUGGUGUAGUGCUACUGCUGUAAGUUAUAAUUAGUUGAUCAUGUGUUCUUCUCGUGUAAUUUAAAUAAUGACUUCAUUAUUGAUGAUCUGUAAAUUUGUACUUUGUACUUAGGAUUAAUGAUGAUGCCUCAAUCUUAUCAU